AAUGACUGAAAUAGAUUUUUCGGGAAGAACACUAGUAUGUAUAAAUGCAAGAGCUGAGAUUCCCUAUGAACACAGUCUCUGCUUGAUCUGCUUCUCUGCUUGAUCUGUUACAAUAAUAAAACAGUAAAGAUAUGUCUUUGGUGCCAAUGAUGUUUCGCGAUUGGUGGGAUGAUCUGGAGACUUCGCGUCCGUCGCGUCUCCUGGACCAGCACUUCGGCACCGGUCUGAGGAUGGACGACCUCCUGAACUCGAUGUCGCUGCGCAACAGCCGUUACUACAGGCCGUGGCGUACGGUCACGGGCACGACAGCUUCUUCUGCUGCCGGACCCCUCGCCCGUCAAGACUCCGGCUCGACGAUCGCCAACGACAAGGAAAAGUUCCAGGUCAUCCUCGACGUGCAGCAGUUCUCGCCGUCCGAGCUCACCGUCAAGAUCACGAACAACAGCAUCGUCGUGGAGGGAAAGCACGAGGAGAAGCAGGACGAGCACGGCUUCAUCUCGAGACACUUCGUGAGGCGUUACAUGCUGCCCGCCGAUCACGACGUCAAUGAUGUCGUCUCCUCUCUGUCCUCCGACGGAAUAUUGACGGUGACGGCGCCGAAGAGGACCCAGAAACCUGCUGCCGUCGAUCGUGUCGUGCCGAUUACCCAAACCGGUCCAGCCAAAUCGACGGUCACAGAAUCUGCCGCCGCCUCCUCCUCUUCAUCCACCUGCCAACCCACCGUCGAACAUCCACCCAAUUAAAUCCAUCACCACAAACACCUCCUAAAAUAGAUUGAUUCAAUUAUUUUUGUAUUAUUCAAUAAAUCAAACCAACGACAUUC